AUGGCGAGACCGGUGGGAUUGCUGGAGCAGAUGUCUACGGCGAGACAUGAUUUAGGGUAUUAUCAUUCUGUUGGCGCCACUGCUCGAUACAGCACCCCCACUUCCACUUCCAACCUUCGUCGACAAAUCCAAGCAGCACUCACGAAAGUGAUUCUUCAAUACCCAGCACUCUGUCACGGGAUCAUCAACGAAGGCGCUCUCAAGCCGUCCUUCAAGCUCGUUGAGUCGAUUGACCUCGACCGCUGUAUCGAGUGGAUCACCGUCACCUCAGACCGCGAGAGCAAACUCGCAGAAACAUUGGAGCAAGCACAUAGCACCCGCUUCUCAGACAUAGAAGUCCAUCCACCAUGGAAACUCCUCAUCAUAACCCCCGAAACCAAGCCUUCAACUUUCGACGCAGCAUUCAUAUUCCACCACGCCCUCGGCGAUGGAAUGAGCGGCAAACUCUUCCACGGCUCCUUCGCCUCCGCUUUAAACACCCCCUCUUCCUCCCCUCCAGAGCUGCUCGUCCCUAUUCCAUCGUCAACCAAACUUCCUCCCCCCAUCGAAGCCCUCAUCCCCUUCACAGUAAGCUACCGCUACCUCCUUCUCCAAAUCUGGGAGUCCAUCAGACCAGCCUGGUUCUUCCCGUCGCUGCAACCGUGGACCAGCACGCCUAUCUCGGCGACGAACCUCGCGCGUGGGGAAUCAAGAAUGACAUUCUUCGCCCUCCCAGCGGAUUUAAUGAAAGUUGUUUUGUCUGAAUGUCGGGAAAAUGGUACGACGCUCACGGGUCUCCUGCAUGCCCUGGCCCUCCUCUCGUUCACCAAUCAUGUGCCGCAAGGAAGCUCGUUCACGUCUACAACGCCGUACUCGCUCCGCCAUCUCACAGGCACGAAAGACGAUAUGGUCGUUCAAGUCUCCGCGUUAUCUACCACUUACCCGACUUCCCUCGUUACCAGCCUGCGCGCGUCGUCAAAUCUGACGGAGGAGAUCUGGAGUCUCGCGCGCGACUUCAAGAAGAACAUGGCGGUUGAACUGGCGAGGGCGCCGCGCGAUGUGGUGCUGGGAUUGCUGCCGUAUAUCAGUGAUAUGCAUGAGUUCUUCAGGUCGAAGAUUGGGAAGGGACGGGAGAGUACGUUUGAGGUUAGUAAUGUUGGCGUGCUCGCUCCUCCAGCGUCGGGAGAUUGGAACGUCGAACGCGUCUUGUUUUCGCAGUCGGGAAUGGGCACGGGUGCGUUGGUAGGCAUCAACGUAGCUAGUGUGGUGGGCGGGGAGUUGGUUGUUAGUUUGACUUGGUUGGAGGGGGAUGUGGAUAGCGCUUUAGUGGAGAGGGUCAGGGAUGAUUUGAGGUACGGGUUGAGAUGUGUGGGUGAGGGGAGGGAUGUUGUGAGGGAGAGAUAG